AUGAAAGAUGCGAGGGAAAACUUGACAAUGACCACGGCAUUGAACCUGGACAUCUACACCCACCUCCUGAUGUUCAUAUCUUCCCCAGCCGACCUCCUCGCAGUGGCACUUACCAGCUGUGAUCUAUUUCAUGUUGGCAUGCCAGAAUUGUGCUAUUGCUCUAUCAGGGUGCACUUGGGGAACAUUGCACUUUGGAGGUACCUGGCGGAGAACCGACAAGGGGCUACAGCCCGAGAAAUCCGAGACGUCCACCAUCAGCAAAACAACAUUACCCUGGUAAUAACUUGUGGUCCCGGUAAAGUCCGAAAAUAAAUGUCGAGCUUGGGAUUACAAUGUAACAUUGAGUAAUUUUGGUUGUCUCUUUUAUUCAAAAAUAACUUGGUCUUAUGCUGGUAUGGUACAAUUACAGCUG